AUGAGGGUCAUUGAAGUAAUUAUUGAUGGCUUCAAGUCGUAUGCCGUAAGAACGGUGAUCUCGGGAUGGGACGAGAGUUUCAACUCAAUCACCGGUCUCAACGGUAGUGGAAAGUCAAACAUUCUUGAUGCGAUAUGUUUCGUCCUCGGCAUUACCAGUAUGGCUACGGUUCGAGCGCAAAAUAUACAGGACCUGAUCUACAAGCGCGGUCAAGCUGGCGUUACCAAGGCCAGUGUAACCAUCGUUUUCGACAAUCGAGACACCAAGAAGUCGCCGAUCGGAUUCGAAGAAUAUGCCACGAUUAGCGUUACUCGACAGAUUGUUCUCGGAGGCACCUCCAAGUACCUCAUCAACGGUCACCGUGCUCAACAACAAACAGUGCAGAACCUCUUCCAGUCGGUUCAGCUCAACAUCAACAGCCCCAACUUCCUAAUUAUGCAGGGUCGCAUCACCAAGGUUCUCAACAUGAAGGCUGUGGAAAUUCUGGCCAUGAUCGAAGAAGCAGCCGGAACCAGAAUGUUCGAGGAUCGUCGAGACAAGGCUAUCAAAACAAUGGCUAAGAAGGAGACAAAGUUAGUCGAACUCAAGGAACUCCUGAAGGACGAAAUCGAGCCCAAGUUGGAAAAGUUACGAACUGAAAAGCGUGCUUUCCUGGAUUUCCAACAAACACAAAACGACCUUGAGAGACUGACUCGAGUGGUUGUCGCAUACGAUUAUCUCAGAUAUCAGGAUUCUUUAAGCCAAUCAGCAGCAGAUCUCGAAGGAAAGAAACAACGACAGCGCGACCUGGAAGAUUCAGCAGCCCGCUUGAAGAGCGAAAUCAACCAUCUCGAAGAAGAUGCCAAGAAAGUACGCGCUCAUCGAGACAAAGAGCUCCGAAAGGGAGGUAAGGCUUCAGAAUUGGAAGAGGCAGCAAAGAAGCAUUCAAACGAGCUUGUACGACUAGCCACUAUUCUUGACUUGAAAAAGUCCAGCUUGGCCGAGGAAGAAGAAAAGAAGUUGGCAGUCGAGAGGACAGUUUCGGAGUUGGAAGCUACCCUGGAAGAUAAGACUGCUGCAUUCGAAAACGCCAAGGCCAGAUACGACGCCGCAAAGGAAGACCUAGAGCAGCAAAACAAAGAUGCCGAAUCCAAGGAAGAGCUUCUCCAGACCCUACAAACAGGUGUUGCUUCUAAAGAUGGUCAGGAGAAUGGUUAUCAGGGUCAACUUCAAGAUGCGAAAAACCGUGCAACCACAGCAGCCACAGAACAAGAACAGGCCAAGAUCAAGAUUGCACAUUUGGAAAAGCGCAUUAGAGAAGAGGAGCCACGUGCUGAAAAGGCAAAGGUUCAGAAUGCCGAUCUGUUACGCGACCUUGAUGGUCUCAAGGUACAAGCACAGAAGCUUGAGAAGGAGCUUAGCCGACUAGGUUUUGAGCCUGGACAAGAAGAGCAAAUGUAUAAGCAGGAGUCUGAGUUGCAGCAAACUGUUCGGGGCCUGAGACAAGAAUCUGACAAGCUGAAGCGUCAAGUCGCCAACACAGAGUUCAACUACGCUGAUCCUGUGCCUAACUUUGACCGGUCCAAGGUCAAAGGGCUUAUCGCCCAACUAUUCACUCUGGAUGAAUCGUACACACAAGCCGCUACUGCGCUAGAGAUCUGCGCCGGCGGCCGUCUAUACAAUGUCGUUGUUGAUAGCGAGGUGACAGGCACGCAGCUGUUGCAGAGAGGCAAGCUACGGAAGCGAGUCACUAUCAUUCCCCUCAACAAGAUUGCUGCCUUCAAGGCUUCUGCUCAAACCAUUGCCACGGCACAGAACAUCGCCCCAAACAAGGUCGAUCUGGCCUUGUCCCUAGUCGGCUAUGAUGACGAAGUUUCAGCAGCUAUGGAGUUUGUGUUUGGCAAUACUCUGAUCUGUGCUGAUGCGGAUACCGCCAAGCGGGUGACUUUUGAUCCCAAGGUCCGCAUGAGGAGUAUCACCCUGGAAGGCGAUGCCUACGAUCCGUCUGGCACGUUGUCUGGUGGAAGUUCUCCCAACUCGAGUGGUGUUCUCGUUCUUCUUCAAAAACUGAACGGCCUGACACGACAGCUCAGCGAAGCCGAGAGCACUUUGAGAGAGCUCCAGGCUCGGAUAUCGAACGAGAAGGCCAAGCUUGACCAUGCUCGCAAGAUCAAGCAAGGUCUGGACCUCAAGACCCACGAAAUCAAGCUCGCGGAGGAACAAAUCAGUGGCAACUCUUCCUCUUCCAUCAUUCAGGAGGUGGAGAACAUGAAGUCAACCAUCAAGGAGCUCAAGGAGAGCAUAGCCGAGGCCAAGACUCGACAAGCCAAGGCAAGUGCCGAUGUCAAGACGAUUGAGAAAGACAUGAAGGACUUUGACAACAACAAGGACGGCAAGCUAGUCGAACUACAGAAAGCGCUCGACAAACUACGAGCAGGUCUCGGCAAGAACGCUGCCGCAGUCAAGACAUUGCAAAAAGAACUUCAAGGCGCACAGCUUGAUUCUGAGCAGGCAGGCUUCGACCUGUCCGCUGCGCGAGAACAACUACAAGAAGUCGAGGUUGCUAUCAAGGCGCAACAGAAGGAUAUCGAGGAUCUCAAUAAGCAAAAGGCUGAAUUGACUGAGACUCACGACACAGUUCAGGCCGAGCUCGAUGAUGAGCGCGCCAAGCUGCACCAGUUUGACGACGAACUUCGAGCUUUGGACGAUGCCACUCGUUCCAAGAACGCGCGCAUUGCUGAGGAAAGUCUCGAAAUGCAAAAACUUGUCCAUCUCCUCGAAAAAUUCAACAAGGAGCAACAAGGUGCUGCUGAAAAGGUCGCUCGACUUGAGAGGGAAUUUGACUGGAUCGCAGACGAAAAGGACAAUUUUGGCCGUAGUGGAACUCCUUAUGACUUCAAGGACCACAACAUUGGAGAGUGCAAGGCAACACUGCACAACUUGACUGAGCGAUUCCAGGGCAUGAAGAAGAAGAUCAACCCCAAGGUCAUGAACAUGAUCGACAGUGUUGAGAAGAAGGAAGUGUCACUCAAGCACAUGAUCAAGACGGUCAUCAGGGACAAGCGCAAGAUCGAGGAGACCAUCGUCAGCUUGGACGACUACAAGAAGAAGGCUCUUCAUGAGACAUGGGAGAAAGUCAACGGCGACUUUGGUAACAUUUUCUCUGAACUUCUUCCAGGAGGCAGUUUUGCCAAGCUUGAUCCGCCUGAGGGCAAGACCAUCAGCGAAGGUCUCGAGGUCAAGGUUUGUCUUGGUAAAGUGUGGAAACAAAGCUUGACAGAACUGAGUGGUGGACAAAGGUCUCUCGUUGCUCUGUCACUCAUUAUGGCUCUGCUUCAAUUCAAGCCUGCGCCCAUGUACAUUCUCGACGAGGUUGACGCAGCGCUAGAUCUCUCACAUACCCAGAAUAUUGGUCGACUCAUCAAGACGCGUUUCAAGGGUUCCCAGUUCAUCGUCGUCAGUCUGAAGGACGGCAUGUUCCAGAACGCGAACCGCAUUUUCCGCACCCGUUUCAGCGAGGGCACCAGUAUGGUUCAGGCACUUACGCCGGCGGAUAUGAAGUAA